GCGGUGAAAUUGCAGCUCAGUCGGUGGUUACAACGUAAAGCUGCAGGUUGACUGCUUUCGGUAUUUUGUGCUGGACAUUGCAGAGGGUGAAUAAUACUAAAUUAUAUUUGUGACAAUUAUAUUAAUUGUUAUAUAAAAAAUAAUAUAUAAAAAUAAAUACUUAUACAAAUGUGUUUAAAACAAUUUAAUAGACUUCAAACAAUUCUUUAAAUGAACUAAAAAUAGAAAUCCGUUCAAAGUGGACUGCGUAAAAGUGUAAUGAAAACAUAAUUGCGUACAUAUAUAUGUAGAUAUAGUAUGUGUGUUGAACGUCGAUUAACUGUUGCAAAAAUACCAAUAUUAUAUAUGUGUAUCUUCUUCUCCGCGCUAGAACCUUAAAAAAUAUAAAUUUCUUAAAAUUAUAAUUUCCAAAAAAUUUGAAAAAAGUCAAAUAAUUAUUUUUUUUUGAGCUCAACGAAGUUCAUAUACAAACAAAAUGAUUGCAAGGCACAAAGGAUUAGUCAUACAUUUAGUCAUUUUACUGGCUUGCCUUUCAAAAAUCCACGGUGAUGAGGAAUUAGAAGAAAACGAUCCUUGCAGCACGCCACACUAUAAGGGAGUAUGCACUACGAUUUCAAAAUGUCCAGACCUGCGCGAAUUAAUGAGCGCGAUAGAACGAAAUAGCAGUGACGUUGGUCAUUGUGGUUUUAAUGUGCUUGAGGAGAUUAUUUGUUGUCCAAAAAACAUUGUUGAAUUUAGAGCAACUACUAUAAGUCCCGGCCCAACAGAAUUUACGACAAUAUCAUCAAAAUCGAUACGUGACUCUCUGAAGGGACUCACGCCAGAGCAAGCUAAGCAGAAAAUUAAGGAUCUGAUGAAGGAAGCAAUGAGUGGCAUGGGCGGUGGACCUCCUAAAAGAAAUUUCACAAGCGUUCGUGCUUUCGAUCGGCCAGCUGAUCGUGCAUGCAAAGAAAUCGAAAAGGAUCUUAUGCCGAGCACGGAAGCACAUAUAUUACGCGGCACGAAAGUUCGCAUAGAAGAUUACCCACAUAUGGCUAAAAUUAUAUACGACUCACCUACUCUCAUAUGCGGUGGUAUAUUAAUUCAUCGACGCUUCGUACUCACCGCUGCGCAUUGUCUGCAAGUGAGAGGCGCGGUCGCUUUGAAGGUUAUUAUGGGUGUCACUGAUUUUAAUGAUACCGAAGAGUGGAAAUCUCGCGAAGAGAUCGAUAUUAAAACAACUUAUCUACACGAGAAUUAUACCUCUUUCCGUCUCUACAAUGAUAUUGGUCUAAUUGAAUUGGCGCGUGAGGUCAAAUACGCUCUGAACGUUUUCCCCACUUGUCUGCACACCGAUCCAAUGGAUUUGCCUUUGGACAUUGAUCUCAUUGUGACCGGUUGGGGACAAACAGAAACUGGCAAUUCUUCGUCACAUUUAUUGGCUGCCAAUUUGACGCAUGUACCGGUGCUGUUGUGCAAUGCAAGCUAUCAGGGACACAUGGAUCAUCGCUUAAAUCGUGGCAUUGUGGACACUCAACUUUGUGCCUUUUCCCUUGACAGCGAUGCCUGCUUGGGCGACUCCGGUGGUCCCAUACACCUUGUAAAAGAUAAAAGAUAUAAUAAUUAUAGAGUGGUCGGCUUAGUUUCAUUUGGCUUUCUUUGUGGCUCUGAUCUGCCUGGUGUGUACACCAGAGUGUUUGAAUAUUUGGAUUUCAUUGAAGGCAUAGUGUGGCCGGAUGGCUAAUGUGCUAAUAAUAUAUUACAUAUAUAUAAUAUAUAUAGAAGUUUUUUUUUUAUAUAAAUUUUAAAAUAAUUUAAGGAAAUUAGUUAACUUGAAUUAGAAUGCUAAAUAUAAGAUU